AACUGCACGCAGGCGCAGACCUCGUUGCCUGACAGUGGUAAACAGACGUCAGAAGGGUGUCUUCGCUUCGAGCCAAAACAAAACAAAGCAAAACAAGUCAAAAAGAGAGUGAAUGGACGAUUACUUUGACCACCACAACAACCGGAAGUUUUAGAAAAUUCGUCGCUGGUUCGAAACGGCUACUUGGAGGAAGUUAUAUCCAGCUUUUGAGUGACUUUUCCCCGGAUUGUAAACUCUGGAGUAGCAGGGGCUUAAGCGGCUAACGCUACGGUGGCUAUCGUGGUGUUUUCAAAGUGCGGCUAGUGGGAGCCGACAGACCUCCAGGCGGACUCUCGGGGGGAAACCCCCUAUGGUUUGUUUUAUACUCAUCUCUCGGGGCAAAACCCCACCUGUGAUCUGAGCCUGGCCCGCGAGGGGUUUGUAGCUUCUUAGAGAACCGUGUCGCGCGGCAGGAAAGCGCAGAAACAUGGCAGAUGGUGACACGCGCCUGGCCGCAAUGUGGCGGAUCGUACAGACCUGAGGCACGGACUUUUCACGCGGCAUUUUUCGUUGCUUUUACACUUUUAGCGCAGCAGAUAUAAUAUACUAGUAACUUAUAUAUAUAUUUCCGAGUUGGAAGUUCUUUUAUAAAGUUCGUUUAAGCGUAUUUUUUUGGUCAGCACGAGCGCAGGGGCGACUGGAGGUGUCUCAGAACUGUUUGUACACUUUGGGGCAGCCGGCUUCUUCAGCAGACGGACACUUUUCACUCUAAACUCCUACCUUUUUGUGAGUCAACCGUUUUUUUACAUUAUUUUAUUUUUUCAUACAGGAAAAAAAGUUUGUGUCGUUUUCAGCCCCCCUUUUUGAGACCCUUUUGUUUACAAAUAACCCCCCCCCCUUCCCAGAAAGCUGCUUUGGUCAGCUAAUCCCUGCAAGAGUUUUUCUAGUUUUACAGUAAAACAUCACAUGUGUUGACAAAUUCGGUUUUGAUUAAUUAAUCAAUUAUAGCAGAUUUUUAAUAGUUUCAAUGAAAAAGUUGGAUUAGGAUUUAUUUUUGCAUUCUUUUUCCUGUAAACUCCCGCGGAUCCAGAUGUGCGGCGCGUGUCUGUCCUCCACUUUUGUUUUUAUUUCAUUCAAACAAAGGGGCUCCCGUCGCAGCCCUCUUUCACUCCAUAUAAGUCGAAAGGUUUAUGAUAGUUACUAUUAAGGAGAUUAUUUUGGUUCCCUAAUCUCCAAUCUGAGGAUUAACGGAGGCCAUUGGUGUGUCCAGAUAAUUGCAUCUCCUUUGACCCCCCCGGUGGCUGAUAAAUAUUUUUGUUUUGUCGUGUCUGGUAAAGUUUUGACGUUAAAGCCCUUUAGAGGUGAGGACUUUUUUUGACGCGCCACCAUGGAGGAGUCCUCGAUGCCCGCCAUUGACCCAGAUUUCGAGCCGCAGAGCCGACCCCGCUCCUGCACGUGGCCGCUCCCGAGACCCGACAUCUCCACUGUCAAAGCGGAGGGGGCGGACGGCGGCGAGUCCACCGCCGGGACCCCGCCCGCGGACGAGGACAAGCCCGAUGCGCAGCAAAUCACGUCCGAGCCCGAGAAAGCGGCGGCCGCGGCGGAGGGCGGAGCCGUCGCGGGAGUGGGCGGGGUCAGCGCCGCGUCACGCAAAGGAUCCUCCCGACGGAACGCAUGGGGGAACCAGAGCUACGCGGAUCUGAUCAGCCAGGCCAUCGAGAACUCUCCGGAGAAGAGGCUGACGCUGGCCCAGAUCUACGAGUGGAUGGUGAAAACAGUGCCUUACUUCAGAGAUAAGGGGGACAGCAACAGCUCCGCCGGAUGGAAGAAUUCGAUUCGCCACAAUUUAUCUCUGCACAAUAAGUUCUUGAGGGUGCACAAUGAGUCGACGGGAAAGAGUUCCUGGUGGAUGCUCAACCCCGAAGGCGGGAAGACCGGGAAGGCUCCUCGCCGCCGUGCGGCCUCCAUGGACAACAGCAGCAAGCUGCUGAAGAGCCGCAUGCGGGCCAAGCAGACCAAGAAGCAGGCGGGAGCGGCCAACUCCGGAGGGGUGCUGCAGGGCGAUGGCGGCACGGGCUCAGCGGGGGCCGACAGCCCCAACUCUUCCCAGCAGUUUUCUAAAUGGGGGGUGAACAGCAGCAGCCCGUCGUCCCGCGGCAGUCUGGAUGACAGCGACAUGUGGAACACCUUCCGCCCUCGCACGAGCUCUAACGCCAGCACGCUGAGUGGACGCCUGUCGCCCAUCGCCCCCGGCCAGGAGGAUGACGACAACCUGCCCGACGAUGGGCUGCUGGGGAGAUACACCGCCAGCAGCCUGACCCCCACCCUCACAGAGACCCUUAUGGAGGAGCUAGAUAUGAUCGACCACCUCACCCUGAUGACGGGGCAGCAGGGAGGGGCCAGUCCCAGCACCGCCCCACCAGCACCUCCCACCCCGCUGCCCUCAGCCUCCACCCUGCUGCCAAGAGGCUCCAGCUUCCCCUCUUUCCAUCAGCGGCAGUCCUCCAGCCUCUCACAGGCCCCCCCUCACACCGGGACCCAGGCCCCCGUCUCUCUGUGUGGACCCAGCAGCAAAGAGGCCACCACCUUCAGUAACUCUCUGUUCAACCCCAUACCCAGCUCCGCCUCCGGUGGGGGCAGUACUUACGGUACCCACGUACCUUCCAGCCUGGAGGCGCUGCUCACCUCUGACUCCCCGCCCCCAAGUGAUAUUUUGAUGGCCCAGGUGGACUCCCUCCUCCCCAGCUCUGGAGGUGUGGGCCAGAUGGGUCUGAGCACGCCCGUAGGGGGCAUGAGGCCCAAACCCAACCAGCUGCUGUUGGGCAAAGGGCUGGAGCCGAAUGCCGUGGCUCCGAUGGCGCUGCAGUCCCGGAUGCAGUCGCAGCAGCACCACCUUCAUCAGCCGCACCAGCACCACUCCCACAUGAGCUUGGGGAUGAUCCUUUCAGGCAUAUCCCAGGACCCGCCUCAGCUCUCCGCUCUCAAAGACCAGCACGCCACGGCCGUGGGUUCUCAUCACGUGUCACCUGUGACCGCCGCCAAUCCCAGCAUGAACCUGCAGGGGAUGAGUCAAUUCGGAGCUCCGUCCUGCUUCCCCACCACUCAGGACCGGCUGCCCACUGACUUGGACAUAGACAUGUUCACGGAAAACCUGGACUGUGAUGUGGACUACAUUAUUAACAGUGACCUCAUGGAUGGAGACGGCAUUGAUUUUAACUUUGACCCCAUACUGCCUGGAGGCCAAGGCUACGCUGGCCCGGCCACCACACAGGGCUCGGCUCACAACUGGGUUCCCAGCUAAGUUUUCUCACAAUCUUGUCAGAAAACUGAUCUCCAAUCAACGCAACCUGGAAAAAUGACAGAACAAGCGGUGCACCUCCCCUCCCCACUGGCUGAAGACACUUUUUAAAGACUAAAGCUUUCUAUUGGACUUCAAAACGGCAAACCCAGGCCUCCCCCAUGUCAUGUGCCAAUACAUGCAGAGGAUAGGCUCAAGCAACUAUGCACACAUUUUCUCAGUUUUUCUUCUCUUUAUAACAAUUUGGCUGUUUGCCAUUUUUCAUAUAAUCUAAAACAGAUGAUAUUUUUUUUUUAAGAUGCGUGAUGUAUAAUUUUUGGAGUGAAAAGACAAAUCAUCUACUCCUCUGCUGGAGGUUUACAUUUCAUUUGGGUUUCUCCACGCUAGCUUGUGGGUGGAUACGGUACCCCUGAUGUCAGCGGUGAUGAGGAAAUGGCCAGUUUUGUGCUCACUCUGCUUGGAUUUUUAUUUUAUUUUUGACCGAAUGCUGUUGGAUCAACUGAAUGAGGUUCAAAUACUAUGCUGCAAAGUCUGGAACACCAAGACUGUCUUUAUUAUGAAAAGCAAAGCCUGGGUAACUUCAUCUCAGCCGGAUCUCAGUUAAUUUUUUUUCUCUUUUGUUGAAAUUUGACGGCUCAAAAGUUAAGAAUACCUGCAGCAUGGCAGUUUUAACUGAAGUCCGAUGUGUUGAGGUAGAUGUCAGUUAGACGUGUGUUUGUUUUUUUUGUGUGUGUUUAACCCCAGGUUUUCACUCAAACUAACAAAAGCAAAGAAAUGUACUUUGUGAAUUUAUGCAAGGGGCAUUCAAAUAUUAAUCUCUCUAUUAGGCCAAGUGUAUUUGCUGUCAAAGAUAGAAGAGUGCCUCCACAGACAAAUAACCUUAAUUUUGUUCUCCUUUAUUUCAAAGCACUUAGGUCUCCUGUAACACAGGAACCCCAAAUUCUAAGAAUAAUUCCACAUAAUUUAGAGAAAUUAAAAAAAAAAGAGUAUAUGAUCCAGUUGCACGCAUACUUAAUGGCACACUAUGCAUAAAUAUUUGGGCAGGUAAACAAUAUCUUGAAGGAAAUUUUAAAAAGAUUGUUGAAGUAGACUUUUACUUUGAAAUAUUUCCUUUUAAAAAUGGUGGGACAGAGGAGUUGGAUAUCCUCUCACACUUUAAUCCCCAUUACUAACAAGAAAGCAUUAAUUCACAGUGUGAGAAGAACAAAAAAAAAAAGAAUUUAUUUGACUAGAGUUUUAACACAAGUUCAUAUCUAUGAGUAUAUUACUAAUGGGAAGUCAUUUUCUAUGUUAAAUUGGAAAAUGCAUUAUCCAUUUUAACUGCAUUUUUCUAUGCUUUUAUUUUUGUAAAGGAUGAGAUGCACGUAGAGGUUUUUUUUAUGUAACCAAAGGAACACUAAUAAUUGCAUUUGCAUGGCAUCUAGGGAGCGCUUGGGCCUGACACAGAAUCCUCGGUGUACAUAAGCUUUGCAAAAGAUGAUUUUGGAAAAAGUUAAAAAUCUAUCAUGUUAAUUAAGAUUCCCAACCAUCCGCCUCGCACUUUUGAUUUUCUUUACUUAGAGUAAACAGAAAAAAGGCAUCUUUUAUGAAACUGUUUUUAAAAAAAUGCAAGAAAUAGAAAACCAGUGCGCAGAUAUGAGGCUAACUAUUUAAAGAAAAUUAUAUUUUGCACAAUUUAUGUUGCAACAGACUGGAAAUCAAGAAGCCACAACUAUGAUGUGAUUUAAAGGAGACAUCUCAGUCUUAAAAAGAGCUGAUCUCAAAGUUUAUUCUUCUUUUUCUGUUUUUUUUAAUAAGUGUACAUUAGCUGUCAUGUAUAUCAGUUCUAGCUCAUUCCUUUAUUUUGUUCAGGUUGUUGACUGCCAGUAUUUAAAACACUAGAGCAUGAUGUUAUUCUGUAGCAAGACUUCAUUUUGUCAUCUUACCUCUGUUGAAGAAGUUUGUGUCGGUUUUGUCUUUCAUUUUUUUGACCUACUCUCCUUGCAGGUUUCACUGUAGCAUUGUGGUGGAAAUUAGUCUCAUUUGUAUAAAGUGUUCUCCUUUUUUCUCUCAUUUUAUUUCCUCAGAAUGGUGCUAGAUGAUGUGACGUAUCCACAGUACUCAAACAUGCAUAUCAGGGCCUUUUCAUUUACUCUGUAAGACACAGAAAUCUUAAUUAUUGUUGAGAUUUAUCACACAAUAAGCAACAGUUCCCAAUCUUACUUUAAUUUUUUGUAUUGCUUUUAUAUGUAUGAAAAUCUGGCCACUUUAAUCUUUUAAAAAAGACCAGUUUGUUUAAAUAAGAUUUUUCUUUUGUCAUCAGUCCUUUAUUUUUCAUGCAACCUAACAACUUUACCGUUUCUCAGCUGAUGGCCUAUUGUUUUUUUGAACUAACAGGCUGCAGUGUCUGCUUCUUCUUUAGUUUACGGUUACUGCCUUGAAGGAGUGUUUCACCUCUAAUGUUCAUUUACUGGAUUAUCUCUUCUUUUUAUUCAUUUUAUGUAGGAAUUAGUUUCUGUAUUUUGAAAAAAAAUUAAACACAUGCCCCAUUUUUUCUCUUCAGAAUUGUAGUUUAGGGUAAAGGCAGUUUUUUUUCCAGUAGAAAGGGGAGGGGGGGUCAUAAGUUGUGCAUAAGCCAAUUGUUUAAUAUUUUAAAUUUGAAUUAAUAUUUUUUUCUCUGAUUUUUCCUUUCUUUCUACACAUUGUAAAGUCAGCCAGAGAUGACAAACAGUUCUGAACUGCAGAAAUCAAUAAACUCUAACCCAUUU